UUUUUUAUCUGGCCACCGACUGUAGGCCUAUAUUUCCUGCUGAAAUCAAACUGAUAUAUCGUGAAAGUUGUGAUAUGGCAGCUGUAUCAGGAUGCUGGCACUGAGACAUGUUUGUCGGAGUUCCAGACUGAGUGAAGUCAAGUACUAAUAGACUAGCGAUAGAAUGUCCUGCCGCGCUUGCCGUAGGAAACACGGAAAAACUGUGGACAUGGUGGCAGUCCUUUAGCCUGCUAGCCAUUUUAGGCUGUUUAUUAUCAUGGCAAAAUGUUCGGUAAAAAGCGAUAUUUUGUGUGUUGAUGAAGGGGGACGUGGAGGGGAUGUGGCUAAAUAAUGGGAAACGUUUUUGGGAGAAAGAGUCGACCUUCUCGUGUAACGGAACAAGACAAAGCCAUUUUGCAAUUGAAGCAGCAGAGAGAUAAGCUGAAGCAGUACCAAAAGAGAAUCACCCUACAACUGGAGAAAGAGCGACUUCUGGCAAAGCAGUUGCUAAAAGAUGACAGGAAAGAACAAGCACUGCUGCUUCUUAAGAAAAAACGAUAUCAGGAUCAGCUACUAGACAAGACUGAAAAUCAGAUUUCAAACCUAGAGCGCAUGGUUCAAGAUAUUGAGUUCAUGCAAAUUGAGUUGAGAGUCAUCGAGGGGCUUAAGGUCGGCAAUGAUUGUCUGAAGAGUAUGCACGAGAUCAUGUCAAUUGAAGGUGUGGAGAGAAUCCUUGAUGAGACCCAGGAAUCAAUUGAAUAUCAAAGGCAAAUAGAUGAAAUGCUGGCUGGAGCCCUGACGCAGGAGGAUGAGGACGCAGUUUUAGCAGAGCUUGAAGCUAUCACUCAGGGAGAAGAUGUAGCGCUUCCAGAGGUCCCCACUGAGCCAAUACCAGAGGUCCCAGAGGCAGCUAAGGCUGAACCAGAGAGGAGAGAAGCAAAGAACAAGCCAGACAGAGAGAUGUUGGCAGCAUAACUGGCUGAAUUUGUGGUUGGGAGUAGGCUCUCUUUGCACUGAUGGGCAUUCUGUUCAUUUCAGUAUUUCAUCCUUAACUGUUAUGUGAAGGUGGGACCUGCAAACAUUUUACAGGAUCAGCAUUCUGUAUACUCUGGUUCACUGCUCCCCUGAAGCAUAUACAUAAAGGAAGUGAAAUGUUCUAUUCCUCUGUGUCUGACUUGGAUUAGCAAAGCAAUGUCACAUUGUAACUGUCCUGGUUAUGGAGUAACAUAAUGAAAGGACUAUUUUUUAGAUGUUUACAUGUUCAUUUAAGUUGUUCUGCGUAUUAAAUUGAGCUGUGGCAACAA